AUGCAGGAUUUUCUACAGAAUGUGACUGAGAAUAAUUCUACUGACUGCAUCAUUAAUCACAGCAUACACCAGACUUUAUCCCCCACUAUAUACAUAUUUGUCUUUGUAGUAGGUCUCCCAGCUAACUGCCUCUCGCUGUACUAUGGAUACCUACAGAUCAGGGCCAAAAAUGAACUGGGGAUCUAUCUGUGCAAUUUGACUAUAGCAGACCUGUUCUACAUCUUCUCUUUGCCCUUCUGGCUCCAGUACGUUUUGCAGCAUGACAACUGGACCUAUGACACAGAUCUGUGCAAAAUCUGUGGCAUACUCCUGUAUGAGAAUAUCUAUAUCAGUGUGGGCUUCCUCUGCUGCAUCUCCAUUGACCGCUAUCUAGCAGUGGUACAUCCUUUUCGUUUCUAUCAGUUUCGGACAAUAAAGGCUGCUGUGGUGGUGAGCAUCAUAAUCUGGGGCAAGGAAAUUCUGAUGAGCUGGUUUUUCUUUAAGAAAGCUGAAAUUAGUAAGGAUGCAGAGAGUCAUACAAUAUGCUUUGAACAUUAUCCCAUCAAAAAUUGGGAGCACAACAUCAAUUACUAUCGCUUCUUUGCUGGCUUCCUUUUCCCCUUCUUCCUACUGCUCUUUUCUUACUGUGGCAUUUUACGAGUUGUCUGCAAGAGCCAUGGCACUCAAAAGAAGACAAAAAUCCAAAUUAAACGUCUGGUUUCAAGCACAGUUGUCAUUUUCUUGGUUUGCUUUGGACCAUACCACAUCCUGUUGGUAAUUCGCAGCUUGUUUGAGAAAAACUGCAUGUUUGCAGGGAAAAUCUUUAACAUUUAUCACUUUUCUCUCUUGUUGACUAGUUUUAACUGUGUUGCUGACCCAGUAUUGUACUGCUUUUCCAGUGAGAGCACCUACCAGAAUUUUGUCAAAAUGAGAGACUCCAGUUUAACAUGCUUAAGAUGUUUAAAGACUAAAACCAAGGUAUCCUACCAGCUGAAAACUCCAGAAACCCUCAGAAAAAGCAGCAGUGUACGAGCGGAUGAAGAGCCAGAGUUAUUAAACAAACUACAUACUGUUAAUGAAAUGAAAGACUUUUCCAUCGCCAGUAUAGACAGACUUUAGCACCCAUUAGAAAGGGAGACUGAUCUAAAGUUUCCAGGUCUAAGUUUGGGCUUCAGUCUUUGGUUUAUAAACGUAUUGCAACUGCUUUACAUUCUAAAGAGCUUAAUAACUCAUCAGUACUGUAAGCAGAGCUGAGCUGAUACUCUUUCCACAGGGGAAAUUCCUUAGUUCCCUUGAAGAAAAGGAGUACUUGUGGCACCUUAGAGACUA